AGACCGGAGCAAUCCAUCGACGAUCUGACGAUACUCUGCUGACGUAACGCGGAGUCGGCGGGCUGUUUGAAAGGGCGGCCCUUGGAACGGUGACGGCGCUUGGGUAGCCGGUGCGAAGAAAGAGGCUUGGGUGCCGUCGCCGGUAUGGAAGCGCGAGAUGUAGCGGGCUGCCCGGAGAUAGGAGGCAAGGCAGCACCGGUGGCGACGGCGGCUUUCACUACGAACACUGAAGGAGCGACGGAUGAAGGGGCUCGUUUGCUCGUCAGCGAAGAGGAGAAGAUCCCGGACUUGCUCACGCUCUUUCGAAUCAAGGAACAAAUAAGUCAGCAUCUUAUGGAAUAUAAUACAAUAAUCAAUUCAGCAGAUGAAGAAAAUAUUCCAGAUCAAGUUGUAGAUGAAAAAAUAUUAGAGAGUUCUAUAGAAGAAUUGGAAAGAGACUUGGAAGAGGUGAGGGUAUCGUAUCAAAACAAAACCUUAGCAUUACGAAGGAUCCAAAUAACUGAUGCCCUUAGAACCAAACUGAAAAAUGAAGAUGAUGAUGAUUCAAAGUUUAUCUGGGAUACUAUUAAACACAUCAUGAUGCUUAGUACAGCAAUACUUAAAUCAAAGCAGCAAUCCCGUGAACUGGAAGAAAAACUGAAUGAGGUUAAGCAGAGCAGACUAGAAUUAAAGCGAGCUGGAGAAUGUAAACUGGCGCAAAUACAUGAUAUGAAGAGAAAACGAAAACAGGAUUUAGAAAAUAUGAAGGUUGGUGAAAUGUUGAAAAAAGUUUCUAAAAAUUUGCAACAGGAAAUUCAGAUGACUACAUUGAUUCAAAACAUUUUCCAGAACCUUAUUACUGGAAGUGGAGUCAAUUGGGCAAAGGAUCCAGCAUUGAAGGCAAUUGUUCUACAACUGGAGAAAAAUGUGACUGGAAUCUAAAGCAGCAUUGAAUUAAUGACUGUAUUUGCUGUGGUUUCCAAAUUCAGAAGAGAAAAUGUAGUCUGUCAGGUUUUUGUGAUAUACUGGACAUAUUCUAAGGGUUGUGUAUCUGUACAAGAAUAUAUUACACUGAAGUAUGUAUUGAUAUAGCAACAAAAGGGAAAUUCCUGUUACAGUCAUUGCUAAUGUAUACAAGGAGCUAUUACUGGAGAGUCAUCUAGCUGUAAAAUAAUUCCCAUCUUCUCUUAAUUUCUCACAAAGUUACCAAUUGCCUUUUUUAGUGACAACAGAGCAAUAGGCCUUCUGGAAAAGCAGGUAUUUACAAAGAUAGCCACUUCAUUUUCUCCUCACAAUUUAACCUGUGCUUUGUCUUCACAUCAUGUAUACAUAUGUGAGUAGGAUGCAACUUAAUCUUUUUUUGCUAAACUCCCUCAUAAUAACUCUUUAUCCCUAACUUCAGUGGAUUUUUAAAGAGUCA